AGAUUGAUCAUUCUCACAAUCCUCAAUCUUCUUUGAUCUUUGAUGAUCGACGGGCAUGUUGCGGAGUCUUGAAACUCCAUGAAGCUGCAGCUGCAUUGGUUACUGUAAAUGUAUCGCCUCAACUAUCCAAAAGAAACUAAAUUGGAAUGUCCUGAACUCCUGCACUGAGUGGCUGGACCGAUCAUUUAUUUCGAGGAUAGAAAACGACAGUGCAAGCAAAAUCUUCCUGGCAAACGUACCCCUCCCAAAGAUGGAUGAGGCCAGUCUACAGAAUGAUUUGGACGCCUUGGUGAGAGUCCGCAAUCGACUGGUACAUGCUCCAGAUUCGGCGCUUCCCAAGAUUCUCUCUGGAUUGUUGCCGCGAAUAUUGGGACGAUUGGAGAGCAACCAUGCUGCCAGGCAACCCUCAUGUCCUACGGAACGACCUUUAUUGCUUUUGGACCAUGCACAAGCACAGCUCACGGCAAUCCUGUCCCAUUCCAUUGAACGAAUACGGGCUGGACGACACACCAUCCUGUCGGGAGCUCCAUGGAUCCUUCCAUUGUUGCUACAAACGAAUGACUUGCAAAGCCCCGUUGCCAACACAUUUCGGCUGCUGAUUCUCCAGCAUUCCAUCCCACUACACGCCAAUUAUCUGGAAGAUGUACAAUACAGCAGCAAAACUUUUAUUCACAAAACUACUACAAGCCAACCAGAAGAAUUGAUAUCGAUAUUACCAGAUUUGACAAACAUUGUGCACAAGUGUCACCAGCAGAUUAUUGUGAACAGUAGCAAUAACAACCCUCCCAAGGAAAGUUUGCUGUUGCACUAUCGAACCAGCAGUUGGAUCUGUCUCGAUGUGGUAGCACUCAGUUGGGGUCUCCCCGCCUUGAUCGAUUGGGGCCACGAGUACUUUGAUGAUGACUAUGAAUGGUCCACGCCCACUACGGCGCGAGAAGCCUUUUUGGAACAUGGACCUUCCCGCCAUGCACGACACAACAUCAACCAAUCUUCUCCAAUACAAAACACGGGUGCCUUUCAACUAUGGUUGGACCUAUUCUUGUUUUGGCCAGCAGAUGACAAGAGUGACAACAGCAUGAUGAGCCGACGUCGAAGGAUCGUCCGUACCGAAGCAGAAAUCAUGGUGGAAAACUCCACUGGUAUGACCCCGGAAGGGAUCCGGCGGAUGAAUCAUCGAAGGAAAGAUGGUCAACCAUGGAAUGUACGCUACCUUCGAGAACUCAAAUUGGCAUGUAUGGAAUACAUUGUGGUGGCUCCCAUUCGAGAAGAAAUGCUCCAAAACCAAUCGUCAUCAUCGUCAUUAUUAUCAUUAGCCAACAAUCUACCGUUUCUGCGGUGCGUGAUUCUUUGUAUUCUGACGGCAUCCCCUGGUUCCAUGCAUGGGAAGAUUGCCAUGGAUUUUGCAGAAAAGGUGGGGCAGAUGAUGAUGGCAGGCAGCAACGACAUGGCAUCUUGCCAAUCACAAGCUUCGGCACCUCGUGAAGCAGCCAUGGGCUCUACUACAUGUUCUGAAAAUGACGGAUCGUUGCUUCUCGCUUGUGCACUCAUGACCUUGGUCCUUGGCUCGCAAAGUUCGUGUGCGGCACUGGCAAGGCACCGAGAAACCAAAGAGCAAAUGGAAGCCAUCAUGGGCCCACUGUUGUGCCGAGGAGAAGCAGCAGACACGUCGACAAUAAACGAUGCUGCUCCCGAACUGCCUCUGGAGCGGGGCCCCGUCCCCUUCGACGUUGCUGAAUAUGUGAUUGAAUUCAUUCUGAACAGGCUCUUGCCUCCGGCAGAGGUGCCAUCACGCAGAUGGAUUGGCACUGCCGGGUAUCAUUCCCUGCUGCCAGCGUUUGUGGAUCUUGUGGUAGCCCUUUCCAAGUCCAAGGGAGCGAUUGGGUCUUAUUUUGCCAUUCAACUAUUGGAUAGACUCUAUGGACAUCAUCUGCUUGAGGCUACUAGUAAUGGCGAUCAAAACGCAUACGUCCAUACCUUUUGCUACACCUGCAUUGAUGUGGCUGCCCAAGUCUUGUCUCAAAUUGCAGAAGUGGAUGCUGAAACCAGGCUUACUAUGGGCGAAAUUCAACACACACCAGAGCAAGCUUUGCUCCCCGGCGGAGUCCACCAGCCGUUUCCCGGGCGACGUGACUUGAACCUCAUGUUGGUACGCCACCGAAACUCUCAAAAGAGGAAACAAUUGAAAGCUGACUGUGCAUUGGAAGCCCGCACAACGGCGUACGCAAUGGUAGCACAAUUGGCGCCGUUGGUUGGAGUACCAGAGCCGGAUCCAAUGGAUUCUACAAAGCACAAGAAGCAGUCUCCCAUGCUGGAGCUACCCAUCAUACUCCUCAAGUGCGCAGCAUUCGAAGAGUACACUUGCAUGCGUCCGCAUGUGACAAAAGCUCUCGAUUCAGUUUUGGCAGUCUACAGGAAAUCCCUGGACACUGUGGACAGACCCAAACUUGAAACGCGAGUGGCAUCGUUGCUGCCAUCCCUUUUGUGUGCUGUUUGCUCGGAUGCCAGCGCCGCACGCCUAUCAGCCGUUCGGUGGGUUAUCGACUUUGUACGGCCACUGGAUCCGGGUGUUGCUUGGCACGUUUGCUCAUUCCUGGCAGAUGAUGCAGACUCCUCCGUCAGUAGUGUAGCGAGUCAAGGCCUUCGAUUCAUAAACGCCAAUCCACCUGUGAGCGAUAGGCUGCCAUCAUAUCCAAUUCAAUUGCUGUCGACAGAGAACGAUGAGGAUCGUGUGAGUAUUCGAGGCGAGCUCGAAUCGCUUGUUGCCAAUACAGCAGCCUCCCUGGAUACCCCGAUCAAUGUGACUCGUGUCUUGUUGAGCCACUUCAAGUUUGCUAGAACUGAACUGACAAAGGCCUGGAACGUGGAUCGAGCCUCUGUGCUCAGCCGGUGCGGAGUACUGUAUCGCGCAAAUCAAGAUGUACCGAUGACAGAUGAAGACAGCAUGGUUAUUACAUCGUCUUGCAACAAAACAUGUGGGAUUUGCUACGAUGUUUUCAGAGCCGAGGAUGGUUACGAUAUGUGCUGUGGUCACCCGUUUUGCAAGCGUUGUUGGCAGGGAUACCUCGCCUGUGCCCUGGAUGAUCGACCAGUCACAAGUACUGCUCCAGUUUUGGUUUCGUGCCCUGAGCAGGAGUGCGAGGAACGAGUGCUUUCAGAAGACGUCAAAGAGGUGGCACCCGAGCUCCUGUGUCGCUGGAACAAUUGUGUGCUGCAAUCAUUCGUCGCAGGUAGCAAGAGCUUCUGCUUUUGCCCUGGCCCUGAUUGUCCCGUGGUAGCGCAACUGAUGGCUUCCGAGGACCAGGCCACUAACCUUCGGACGAAUCCAUCUGUCAAUUGUGGUGCCUGUGCUACUUCCUUCUGUUUCUCCUGUGGAAGCGACCCACAUCAACCAGCUCACUGCGCAGAUUUCGCAGAGUGGAACCGAAUCUUUGGAUCAUCCGAGUAUUGGGUCAAGAAAAACGCCAAACCAUGUCCCAAUUGCAAUGUCCCAAUCGAAAAGAAUAAUGGCUGCAACCACAUGAGAUGCAGAAUGUGUCGACAUGAUUUCUGUUGGCUUUGCCUGACAGCCCUUGGCUCUCACCUCGAACCUCACAUAUGCAACCGUUACGAGUCACACCAGUCUGCUGAAAACGAUGAUGAACGCCGCGCCUUGUUCUUCACGGAUCGCUUUCAGGCACAUGAGGACGCUGAGAAGUUUGCCAGCCGAGAGGCCAAGUGCUUUGACGAAAAACGAGAAAAGCUGGCUGCUGAGAUUCUAUGGUUUGCAUCCGAUGAUGACCUUGACAACAUGUACACUGCAGCGAGAACACUGGUUCGUGCCCGGAACUUUCUCAAGAACUCGUACGUGGCUGCAUGGGCGAUGCGCAAGGACUUGGAGCACCGCGAUGUGUUUGAAAGUCAUCAAGCCAAUCUGGAGCUGUUCACUGAGAAGCUCAGCCAGUUAUUGCUUACCAAGGUUCACCAGCUUUACAUUGAACAUGGUGCCGGAGCGAUCCACAUGCACUUUCGAGCCAUGAUAUUCAGCACUGGAUCGCUGUUGAAGUACAUGGAUAGAAUGAUUGAAUUUAUGAGUGCUACGUGA